UUGUGUUGCUUGCCAGUGCUCGACCAAUAGCUCUGCUCGAUCAGAACCGCACGAGCUUCCUACCGAACUGCCAAGUCGCUCCAUGUGCCUCGCGAGAUCCACACGAUGACACUCGACCCCGCUUGGAUCGUCGCAGACCAGGACAGCGAGUUCCGUCAAAUCCACAGCUAAGCCAAGCCAGCGAGCAGCAGGGUCUGCAAGGAAGGGGAAGGCGGCGGCGGCACGCAACUUUGAGCCAAAUCCAUCGCUCCUGACCUGACCUCUCGCCGAUCCAAGAAGCGGGGGGAGUCCGAGAGAAGCGAGAAGGCCCGCGAGCGAGAGCUCGAUCUCCAUGGCGACCGGCAACCUGGCCAGCGUGGUGGUGUCGGUGGACGGCAGCGAGGAGAGCAUGAACGCGCUGCGGUGGGCGCUCGACAACCUCCGCCUCCGCCCCCGCCCCGACGGCGAGUUCGUCGUGCUCCACGUCCAGCCGCCGCCCAACAUCGCCGCCGGGCUCAACCCGGCGCCCAUCCCCUUCGGUGGACCCAUUGGGUUGGAGGUGCCGGCGUUCACGCAGGCCAUCGAGGCGCACCAACGGCGGAUCACACAGGCCAUCUUGGAGCACGCCCUCAAGAUUUGCUCCGAGAAACAUGUGGAGGUGAAGACGGAGGUGAUCGUGGGUGAUCCCAAGGAGAAGAUCUGCGAGGUGACGGCCAACCGCAAUGCCGAUCUGCUCGUCAUGGGGUGCCGUGCCAUUGGGCCGCUCAAGAGGAUGUUCUUGGGCAGUGUGAGCAAUUACUGCAUCAACCAUGUGGGUUGCCCUGUUGUUGUGAUCAAGGGGACUUGAGGCCUUGAGCUACCCUCGAUCAACAUUCUUUGGUGCAUUUCAAUUCAAGUGUUUUCUGGUUGCUAUUGUGCCCUUUUAAUCCUGUACAGACCAUGCAUCAUAUUUGUCAGUUUGGUGCUGAGGGAUGAGGGUUGCUAUGUGGUCUCCGUUUGUAAAGAAAAAUGUGUUUUGCUUCUGUAAUCGUGGAAAUAAGCCUGCCAUGUGACACAUUGUUCUGUAUAUUCUUGUAUUUGUCGGGGAUAUACAUUGUGCUGCCUGAACUCUGAACAUCUCAAAAUUGCCAGAAUCCCGGUUUUUGUAUGUUGUCUUG